AUGACGGCGACAGGACGCGACAGACACGCCAGCAAGAGCCUCGGCUCCAAUCUUCAUGCGCGCAUCAAGCAGGCGCGCGUGUUGAUGGUGGGCGCUGGCGGCAUUGGUUGCGAACUGCUCAAGAACCUCGUCCUGACCGGCUUCGGCGAGAUCCACAUAGUCGACCUCGAUACGAUCGAUCUUAGCAAUCUCAAUCGCCAGUUCCUCUUCCGCAAUGAGCACAUAAAGAAGUCGAAGGCAUUGGUCGCGAAGGAGUCGGCGGGCAUAUUCAACCCCAACGUCAAGAUCGAGGCGUAUCACGACAACAUCAAAGAUCCCCAGUUCAACGUCGCAUGGUUCCAGAAGUUCGAUAUUGUGUUCAAUGCGCUGGACAACUUGGAGGCGCGCCGCCAUGUGAACAAGAUGUGUUUGGCAGCGGACGUGCCGCUCGUUGAGAGCGGGACCACUGGCUUCAACGGCCAGGUGCAGGUCAUUCGGAAGGGCAAGACACAAUGCUACGAUUGCACGCCGAAAGACGCGCCCAAGUCCUUCCCCGUUUGCACCAUCCGGAGCACUCCCUCGCAACCUAUUCAUUGCAUUGUGUGGGCUAAGUCGUAUCUCUUCACCGAAAUCUUUGGCACUUCAGAAGACGAUGCGCCGGAGCUGGACCACAGCGAAGACUCCGAGAAUGCGAAAGAGAUCGCGAAUUUGCGCAACGAGUCUCAGGCAUUGAAGCGAAUUCGCGAGUCUAUGGGGUCGAAAGAAUUUCCCGGGCUGGUUUUCAACAAGGUGUUCAAAGAAGACAUCGAGCGGUUACGGAGCAUGGAAGACAUGUGGAAGACACGGAAGGCGCCCACCGCUCUAGACUACGAGGAUCUACUGAAAGAACUCCCUAGCGUCGAGAAGAACAUUGCGCAAAAAGACCAAGCGACGUGGACGGUUGCCGAAAACUUCGCAGUUUUCUUAGAUAGUCUGUCGCGGCUGAGCAAUCGCAUGGAAGAGACUAGGGCCAAUGCAGAUACCGGCAACUCUCCACCCAUACUUACCUUCGAUAAGGACGACGCGGACACUCUAGACUUUGUGGCUGCCAGCGCGAACCUCAGGUCUAUCAUAUUCGGCAUCGAAGCGAGGUCAAAAUUCGACAUCAAGCAAAUGGCUGGCAACAUCAUCCCGGCGAUUGCGACUACGAAUGCGAUGACGGCAUCCAUCUGCGUUCUGCAAGCUUUCAAGGUCAUGCGCGCAGACCUUGCCAAAGACAAACUGCGCGAGCAGCUUUCCGAAGCCAAGACGGAGGAGGAGCUUAUCAAAACCAAGACAGAUGAGGAGUAUUCCAAACAGCUUUCAAAGGCCAAGAUGGUUUUUCUUGCACCGAACGGCACUGAGCGCCGGGUCACCACCGAGGGCCUCAGCCGGCCUGAUGAAACAUGUCCCGUCUGCAGCGUUGCACAGUCUACCAUUGUCGUCGAUGCCAACCGAGCCACCUUGAACGACCUUAUCGAGGACCUCCUCCGGUUGCAGCUUGGUUACGGCGAAGAGUUUAGCGUGAACAGCGACGCCGGUCUGCUAUAUGACCCUGAAGAAGACGCGAAUCUUCGGAAGACAUUCGCUGAGCUGGGCCUCAAGAACGACAACUCAAUCACAAUUAUCGACGACGCUGAUGAGGGUGCGAGGGUCAACCUGGUGCUGCACAUCUCCGAGCAAGAGCUGGGAUCAGAGGCGAAGCCGAUCGACCUGACCCAGAAGCCAGAGAUCCCGUUGAAGCCCAGGACUGCUCCCGCGGAGACCAACGGCGACUCACGACCGAUCGUUACAAACGGCCUCACUAACGGCGUGACUAACGGCGCCACAAGCGGUCUGAAGCGCACGGCUGACGAUGCUGGACUCGAGGAUGAACUGAUCAGGAAGAAGGGUAAAGUCGCCGCAAAGCCUGAUGAUGAUGUCGUUGUCGUCGACGAUGCAAACGACGGAAUCAUACUCAUCGAUGAUGACUGA